AUGGAUUCGAAAACUUCUGCAGAUGUGUCAUCCUCGAAAGCUGUGUUGCUAGGAGCACUGUCAUCGGGUGUCAAUGUUCGUAUGCCUUCUUGGUUGCUUCAUUUUUAUUUUUUAAAACACAGUUGAAUAAAAUCAUAUCCUUAUUUAAUAUUUUUACCGUUUUAUUCUAUUAAAAGGUGUCUGAUUCUGUCUCAUUUCUCAGGGUCCCACAUGGUCUGCACUUAAGAUUGUAUUUCUGUUGCUAGGCCUCAGUCUGGCGGCCAUGCUUGCUCUGGCAUUCUUGUCAACUGAUGUUAUGAUUGUUGGCCAUGUUCUGCUGCUUAUCAUCAUAAGUGGGGUUCUUUUCGUGCUCCUUAAUAGGUCAGUGUUCCCAUUAUUUUUACUCAUUAUAUUUGUUCCAUUCCCUUAAUAGACUAACUGUGAUAUUUUUCACUUAUAUAUUCGUUUCCUGGGCAUCCAAAAAGAAAAAACCUUUGGGUUUAUUGUUUCCUCUUUCAAAGAGCUGGAUAUGCGUCUCACAUGGAGUAGAAGAACUCAUGCUUUUACAGUUUUCUCAUUACCUCUAGCCGGUUGCCAGUGGCAAGUAAAAGAGUCAUGCGGUAGCCAUACAACCUGCCCAUUUCAAAUAGUCUUGAGGGGUUCAGGACCAUUCAUUGUAUCUCAGCAUUCCCAAGAUCUCUCAUGACUCAAUAAAAUUUAUAUUGCGUAAUAGAAAGGUCCUAUACUCAAAAUACGUUUCAAAGGAGGAAAAACCAUUGGAUCGAAAAAGAAGAACGACUGUGGAAAUCGAGUCCAUGAGGUAGCUGUUUCUCUAGACUUAUAUAUCAGCCUUUUCUUGGAUGUAUGCAAAAAAUUAGAAAUCGACGAUUAUUAACUGCAUUAUUGUUUAGCAAACAUAAUUUAAUUCUUUCUUUUUAAAAAUAAAAUAAAAUAUUCGGUUUGCUUCCCAGUGUCUCAUGCUCUACACCAAUCGACCAUAUCUGAUGUAAGUAAUGACAAUGUGUUUUCGGACCCCCAUUGACCAUGUCCAACGCAAGUACUACGAUUCAUAGAAGCACCUACCAGUUUCUUAGAUUGGGGUUUGGAUCAGAAGAUUCCUCCAAGGAAGAACGUUCUAGGCAGUUCAAGAACUCUCACCUGAGAGGACAUCACACGGUUGGUUGCGUGAAGAGCAGCCUCUUCAAUGAACUUCUCAUUUUGCCCUUUUUGUUUUUCCCCUUUUAGUAUUGGCUUAGAGAGAUUACCUGGAUUCGAAUCUACUGUAUAUCGACAUGUUAGUUUUAUCUUCCACUACCAUGAAUUCAUUGCUGAUAUAUUUCUGGCCACGAGUUUUCUUACCUCUAUUAUUCCUAUUAUGGGUGAAUGGCUGGUCUCCCUUGAUAUAUUAUUUGCACUUUUUUCAUGGGGCUAUAUUAUUUCCAAUUUUCCGCCUGCCAGAAUAGUCUGGCAGGAUAAUUUAGCUAAUUUAACACAAUUAUAUUAUAAUUUUAAUAUAAUCAGCCAAAAACUGCAACUGGAAGUUGACUUAUCUGGAAGUCUUCUGAUGACUCUUCUGAUCUAGUUGCGUAAAAGCUGCAACUUCAGCAGAUCUUACCAUCCAAGCUCUAUGCAGGUGUUCUUGUGUUCUUGAGAAUUUCUUCAGAAAACUUACCCAGGAGAAAUACGAUCAAACCAGAUAUUUGCGGGCUUUCUAGCGUUGAAGAGAAUUCGUAGCUAGAAUUUGCUCAGGAAAUGCAGAACCAAUGGAAAUAUAUAUCAUGAACAACCGUCUGAACUUUUCUUCGAUUUGCAGCAGUUUUAAAAGAAGAUUUGAACACCUCCGUUUAGAACUUAAUUAUCUCCAGAGAUGGAUCUAGAACACAUCACAAGAAACACAGUUUUUGCAAUGAAAUCACUGCCAAACAUGUUGCUUACACAGACGCAUUGAUGGUGUAUUCCCUGCAGCUUCCUCGCCCAGACGGGUCUCGUCUCGGUCGAAAAACAAAUGGAGGAACUGGGCAUCUCGCUGGAGAACGAUGCAGAAGGAAAGGAGGAUUAG